GAAGUGCAGACGACAGAGCAGAGCAGACGGGGAGGACGGGGAGCGCGGGGUCCUCUAACCCCUGUGGCCUUGCGACGUCAUGAAAUUUUUUAGAAACAGAUCGUCCGAUUCGUAUUCUACAACACCUGAGCACCAAUCUCUCGAUUGUAUCACCUGUGCCAAAAUUGAGGUGACAGCCAGCACAACAGAAAGUGACCAUUUUGAAGAGUCCGUUGACGAUCAGCAAGAAAUGGCUGCGGCUGGCCAUCCGAUUCCGCUGAAAAUUCUCAAGGUGGCGCCGACACCUAAGACACCCGAAGGCCACCCGAAGGACGAAUCCCAAGCAAGCCUCUAUUUUCGAGACGGCGUACGGCGCAUCGACUUCAUCCUUGCCUACCAGCGUAAUACUGAAUACGGCAAGUCCGACAGCGCUGACAAGAUGCGCAAAGUGUUCGAAGAUCACCUUCUGGAAGAGGGACUUGACCUUGAACUGGACGAACAGUCGUCGAAGCGCGACUCCAGGAUGUACUACCUGAAGAUCCACUCCCCGUGGGAAGUAUUGACGCGCUAUGCCGAACUUCUGCACCUCAAGAUGCCCAUUCGGAAACAAGAAAAGAUUCGGAAUUUCCCUAUCAUCACCGUUCCGGAAGGCGAGAAACCGACUCUUCCUGAUGUUAAAGAGCUGCAAAAGGCGUUGUCGCGGACUCCGAAGCGGUCUCCGAAGGCAAGCCUGGAACGACUGUGGGGGAAACUCGUCAACCCGUUUCCCUACAACCGCAAGUUGAUCCCGGACGAAGGGCAUUACUUCAACACAGACUUUCAACGAGACAAGGAGCGAUUCUUCAUCAUGUCCAGCCGUGAGACCUUCUUCUCUCAAGCCCAGCGAAGUCGAAUCACGUGGGAGGUACUCAUGAGGGCUUCGUUCGAUGCGCAAGAUCGACAAAAAGGCAUUUACAGGCUGCUCAAUGAUGGAGUUUACCUCGCUGCCUAUCCUCUGCACGAUGGGCCUUGUGGAAGCGGUGCCUUCGACCCUGUGACGGAAGUGAGGACGGAACGCAGGAUCCUGUACAGCGAGUGGGCCCGACCGGCUGCCUGGUACAGACAACAGCCACUUCAUCUUGUCAGGCGUUAUUUUGGUGAAAAGACUGGACUGUACUUUGCCUGGCUGGGCUUCUACACCUCUAUGCUGUUCCUGCCAGCCUUCAUUGGUGUCAUGACCACAUUUUACGGCAUCUCGGAAAUGACCAGCAACACUCCUACGAAAGAGACCUGUGAUCCUCACAUUUCUGGGAACAUAAUAUUGUGUCCUGGCUGCAAAAAGCGCUGCUCUUACGACUAUCUGUCCUCCAAGUGCACCUUCAGUAAGAUUGUCUACCUCUUCGAUAAUCCAGCCACAGUUGGUUUUUCCAUUUUCGUCGCUCUCUGGGCGACGAUAUUUAUUGAGCUGUGGAAAAGGAAACAGGCAGUUCUCGGCUGGGAGUGGAACCUCACGGACGUCGAUGCAAUCUCGGAAAUUGUCAAUCCUGAAUACGAAGCUAAGGCGACGGUUUACAAGUUAAAUCCAGUCACCAUGCAAUACGAACCUUACGUUCCGUUAUGGGAGAAGAUAGCCCGCAUUUCUGGCGCCAACUCCGUUGUUCUCUUUAUGAUGUGCCUUGUGAUCUGCACCGUUUUUGGCAUCAUCGCGUACCGCAUCAUACUGUUGGCGCUGCUGUCGCGUAACCAGAACUGGCGGGCUCUAGCCCACGUGACGACCGCCAUCACUGCUUCCCUCCUCAACUUGGUCAUCAUUUUAGCUAUGAAUAGGGUUUACUGCAGAAUUGCGACGCGUUUGACGGACGUUGAGCGACCACGUACUCAGAGUGAAUACGAGGACAGCUUUACCUUCAAGAUGUUUCUCUUCACGUUCCUCAACACAUAUUCCUCGCUCAUCUACAUUGCUUUCUUCAAAGGGAGGUUUAACGGCCAUCCGGGCAAGCCGGGCACCCUCUUUGGAUACAGCUUGGAUACGUGUGAAGGGGGCUGCCUGUACGAAGUUUGCGUUCAACUGGCCAUUGUUAUGGUGGGCAAACAAGUCAUCAGCAAUGUUCAGGAAAUAGGGCAGCCGCUGGUGAUGAACUGGUGGAGAAAGUCGAGGCGUCAAGGCCAAGGCAACAAGAAUACCGCUCUGGCGCGCUGGGAGUUGGACUACGACCUAGAACAAUGGACAACUCUCUCUCUCUUCUACGAGUACCUGGAAAUGGCGAUCCAGUUCGGGUUCGUCACGUUGUUUGUGGCCGCUUUUCCCUUGGCCCCGCUGUUCGCUCUCCUCAACAACAUCGUGGAGAUCCGUUUGGAUGCCUACAAGUACACGUCGCAAUUGCGCAGGCCACUCGCUCAGAGAGUCUCAAAUAUAGGAGCCUGGCAAGUGAUCCUCAAAGGAGUUUCAAUAUUCGCCGUUAUAUGUAAUGCGUUCCUGAUCGCUUACACGAGUGAUUUCAUCCCUCGCCUUUUGUACCGCCUGGUUCACACAAAGGACAAUUCAUUGCGGGGAUUCGUCAACUUCACACUGUCCACAUUCGACACGGCCGACUACGACGAUGAAAAUCGACCGGAGAAUGCAACACUCGACGGCAUCAUCGUUAAGCAAUGCAGGUAUAUUGAUUACCGGGAACCUCCGGGUGCUCCGAAUCAGUACGAACUGAGCCUGACCUAUUGGCAUAUUUUUGCUGCUCGCCUCUUCUUCGUCGUCGUCUUCGAACACGUCGUGUUCAGCGUGACCGGCUUGGUGGCCGCCGUGAUCCCGGACGUGCCUCGGUCGGUUCAGCAAAGGAUCAAGCGAGAACAGGUUGUCACCCACGAGGUCUUCGUCGAAGCCGAAAAGCUUCGCAAGGCCAGUUCCCGCUCCAGCACCGCCGAUCAUACCACGAUCAACGAGGACGUUCCACAGUGAUCAUAUUCUGGACGCCAAUCAUUUCGCCAUCAACUGUUUUUGUAACUAUACACGCAGCGGAACUCUGCUGUUCAGUGUUCUCGGCUGCAUCAUCUAGCAUUUGAAUGUGCGGGAUUAUGUCACGUGAUAUGGUGACCCUCCCCGUAAAUUGAUCUCAAUCGUGUUGUUGUUGUCCAUGUAUAGCGUUGGUGAGCGGAACAAAGUCACUCUGCGUAUUUAAUGUGUGCUCCA